ACUCGUUAGCUUUUCGCUGGACCAUGGCACCGAAACUGGAGCGGUUUUUCAGUCAGGAGAAAGGAAACGGGCUGCGGACGACAGCCAGGAUUAAAGCAGGAGAGCUCAUCUACUCCGCCAUGCCUUUGGCUUGCUGCGUUUCCGGAAAGAGGGCAAAGACCGCUUGCCAUCACUGCUUCUCACGACGCGAGUCCUUGUUGAGAUGUUCCCAGUGUAAGGUAGCUCGCUACUGUGACACUACAUGCCAGAGAUACGCGUGGUCAGGCCAUAAGAGAGAGUGUAAGUGUCUACGAAGCCUCCUACCCAGGAUUCCCACUGACUCAGUUCGACUGACUGCUAGGAUCAUCUUCACUCUGUUGGGUCAAGCUCAACAAAGCAGUGAGGAACUGUACACCUUAGAAGAGCAUGAGUCACAUCUGGCUUCUAUGUCAGAGCAGAAGAGACAAGGUCUGUCUCAGCUGGCCUCCAUGUUGCAGCUUUACCUGCAGCAGGAAGUGCCGAACUUUGAACAGGAAAUGACAUCAGCACUACCGCCAUCUUGCCAAGAACCCCUCAGUCUCCUUGCGAAGGUGACAUGCAAUUGUUUUACCAUCAGUGACGGAGAGCUACAAGAAAUCGGAGUGGGGCUCUACCCCAGAGCAAAGAUCCGUGGCCAGCAGAACUUGGAUGAGGAUGGUCUCAUGCUCUCUGGGGUAGAAGCAGCGUGGCGCCCACUCCAAGAUGCUAUUGCCAGACUGGAGAAACUGCAGACAGAGUUGGAUUGGCAAGCGGUACUGGAGUGCUGUCAUUCCCUGUUAUCGCAACUUGGCAGCGCUGUCCCUGAUGAGAAUGUGUUUAAACUCAGGGUAACAGACAUUGCCCUGGAUGCCUGCGUACAGCUUGCCCAGUGGGAGCAAGCCCUGCAAUAUGGAGUCAGGACCCUGCCAGUGUACAGACAGUAUUACCCUGAUCCCCAUCCAGCCCAUGGGAUCCAGCUGAUGAGAGUUGGAAAACUACAACAUUACCUAGAACGCAUAAAAGAUGCAGUCAUCACACUCACACAGGCCUAUGACAUCAUCAAGUUCACCCAUGGCAGCGAUCAUCCCUUGACCUCUGACCUGUUGAGGAAGAUGGAGGAGUGUCACGCUGAGAUGAACCAUGCAUAG